AUGCUCGUGCGUCGGUUUUAUGUCGCUCUGGCCAUUGCGGCUUUGACUGAGGCUGCGCCCGCUACUGUUAAGCAUGUCUUGCAUGAGAAGCGGGACCGACAGUCUUAUGACUGGGUGAAGGCUGGUCGGGUUGAGAGUGAUUCGGUGUUACCUGUCCGUAUUGGGUUGAGUCAGAAUAACCUGGAGAAGGGUUAUGAUCUUCUAAUGGAAGUCUCCCACCCGGAUUCAGCCCGUUAUGGAAAUUACUGGUCUGCAGAGGAGGUGCAUGACAUGUUUGCUCCUUCUGAUGAAGCCGUGGAGGAAAUCCGGCAGUGGCUUGAAUCUAGCGGUAUUCACCCGUCUCGAGUUGUUCAUUCGGAUAACAAGGGCUGGAUUGCGUUUGAUGCAUAUGCGCAUGAAGCGGAAAGCCUCUUCAAGACUGAGUUUUAUGAGCACGAGCACCAGGCCUCGUCAAGCGUGAAAGUUGGAUGCGACGAGUACCAUGUUCCAGAGCAUGUUCAGAGACACAUUGACUACAUCACUCCGGGAGUCAAGCUGACCCCAGUGCUGAAGAAGCAUACCAAGGCAAAGCGGGCUUCUCAGUUGCAAGGUGUUAAGGCCAAUUCGAAGGUCAUGGCGGCUGAGGAAGAGGCCUACACGAUUCCCGACAAGGCCCUCUCCCUUGCAAAGGACCUUCAAGGAUGUGGGUACAAUAUGACUGCGACCUGCAUCAAGGCCUUGUAUGAUAUCCCGGAUGCCAAGACGGCAGUCAAGGGAAAUUCUCUUGGUCUCUAUGAACAGGGAUCAUACUUUGCCGAGUCAGAUAUCGACCUCUACUACAAGACAUGGGCUCCAUGGGUUCCACAGGGUACUUACCCUAUCCCAGCUCUGAUUGACGGAGCCAAUUACUCCGUGCCAGCUUACAGCUCGCUGAACAGUGGUGAAGCCGAUAUUGACAUUGACUUGGCGUAUGCAUUGAUUUACCCUCAGACUGUGACUCUGUACCAGGUCGAUGACCAGAUUUACGAGCCAGAGGAGGUUGCGACUACAAACCUAUUCAACACUUUCCUUGAUGCUCUUGAUGGAUCGUACUGCACAUACAGUGCCUACGGAGAGACAGGCGAUGACUCAGAUAUCGACCCCGUAUACCCUGACACAGCAGCCGGAGGCUACAAAGGCAAGCUUCAGUGUGGUAUCUACAAGCCUACAAACGUCAUCAGUGCCUCGUAUGGCCAAGCAGAGGCAGAUCUUCCCGUCAACUAUACUAAGCGCCAGUGCAAUGAGUUCAUGAAGCUUGGACUUCAGGGUCACUCCAUUCUUUUCGCAUCUGGUGAUUACGGCGUGGCCUCAUUCGCAGGCGAUGGCGAUGAAAAUGGAUGCCUGGGCCCAGACAGCAAGAUCUUCAACCCCCAGUACCCCUCCAACUGCCCAUAUGUCACAUCGGUCGGAGGCACCAUGCUCUACAAGGAUCAAACCGUCGAAGAUGGCGAGAGUGUCAUGCACGCCAACCUCGGCGGCACGGCUGCCAAUUUCAGCACCUCGGGCGGUUUCUCGAACUACUUCCCCCAACCCGCGUACCAGAAGGCCACUGUGGAGAAAUACUUCAAGAAGGCCGACCUGUCUUACCCCUACUACUCUGAGUUUGAGGUGGAUGUCAAUACCACCUCUGGACUUUACAACCGUAUUGGACGUGCUUACCCCGACGUUUCGGCCAACGGUGCCAGAUUCCGCGCCUACACAGACGGAUACGAUUACUUCUAUUACGGAUCCAGCUUGGCGUCGCCUCUCUUUGCCUCAGUCCUGACUCUGCUCAACGAGGAACGUAUCUCCAUCGGCAAGGGACCUAUUGGUUUCGUUAACCCGGUCUUAUACGCCCACCCCGAAGUUCUCAAUGAUAUUACCAACGGUACCAGUGCUGGAUGUGAUACCGAUGGAUUUGCCGCUAUUGAAGGGUGGGACCCUGCGACUGGCCUGGGAACUCCCAACUACCCCAAAAUGAAGAAGUUGUUCCUCUCACUUCCGUAG